ACCAACCGGCCAGGAUUACAGGGCUAAGAGAGAGCGCUCCGUGGGGACUUACUUAUCACAUGCUUCCUGAUGGAUCUUCAGAUAUAUCUGCAUAUUAGGUUGCCAGAGUCUUUGGCUUAAAGGGCACCAUAAUGAAACUGAAGCAAGGAUCGUUUCUGUGGUACCUCUAUCUGGAUAAACUAUAUUGCUUAUUAUCCGUGAGAAAUGUGAAGGCUUUGGUGGAGUAUUUUCACCUUCUUGAUGUGCACCGCAAGAAAACCUUGAAUGAUGUGCUCUUCUACCACUUCCUUCAUCACGUGACUGACCUGAAACGGAACCAGAUCACAAUUGUGUUUAACAUGCUGGACUGGAAUGCUGUGGGCGAGAUCGGUUUUGACCAGUUCUACAUGCUGGUUUGCAUACUGCUGGCACAGGAGAACCAUUUGGAAGAGCAAUUUAUCUUCCGCCAUUCCCGGCCUGUUUUUGAGCUGCUUGACCUGGAUGGGGAGCUGAAAAUUGGCCCAUCCAACUUCCACAUGUACAACUUUCUCUUCAAAAUUAAAAAACAGCAACUCAGAGACCUGUACCAUGACUUUGACAUCACAGGUGACUGUCGUCUUAAUUACAAGGAAUUUAAGCUGUUUACUCUCUUCUCCAUGAACAAAUACCAGGAGAGUCAGAAAGCAGUGGAAGAGGAGAAAGCUCUGCCCGAAAAGAAAGUGUCACAAGUUAAUGUGAGUCAAAGAGAGAGUCUUCUUGGAAUAAAUCAUUUUGAAAGUAUCAACUCUGUCCAUUAG